GGUUUGUGUGAGGAAGCAUGUGGUUGUCAGCUCAGGGGUGUCAGAGCUGAAACACUUCCUCGUCUCAUCACACCGCUCUGCAGACAACAUCAACGGCUCACUAUCUCAGAGCAGAUUGACCUCCUCACACGUAUGAUACAAAUCACAUGUGACACACUGACUUCACAUCUUUUGAUCUAAUUUGAUAUACGACCUUUUUCUCAGUUAAAUUAUUAGUGUGGAGUUUGUGUGUGUGACGUUAAGAAGCAGUGGUGGAAUAUAAAAAUCUGCAGGUUCUUCCUCCUUCCUGAGUGAUGCCUCGUUCUUUUUUGGUGAAGCGAGGCGGGCUGCAUCAUCUUCGGCCAGCAGCAAGAAGCCCCAGCCCUAGAUCGACCCCGGUAACAUUUGAGCAGCUAGGAAACCAGAAAAGGCCCUGGGAUACGUCCCUGGAGUACUCCACAGCAGAAACACCGGAUAUUAACACAGUGCCCAUCACAUUAUUGCAGCAGGACCUUCAGGCUGCCAAGCACUCUAAUGAAAGUGGGCACCUUCAGCCAUUCAGUCCCAAAUCUUACGACUGUAGAGCUGUUAAGCCCUGUAGUCCUGUCAACUCAAAUACUUUUGGGCCCGAGGAGAAAGUGGAGUCUCCAACACCAGCAACAUGGUCCAGGUCUCACAUGAGCUCAGGAUAUCCAGACAAACUGUCUGAUGGACUGGGAGACUUGACACAGUACCCACAGAUCCUGAGGGAGACCAGGAGCCGUGGCUGCUCAAAGAUCAGUGCUCCGAGUCAAGAGUGUCCACUCUGCAGCAAAAUAUUUUCAUGUCUGUCAAGUUUGAAGACUCACAUAUCAAAAAGUCACAGCAGCAGAGCAUCUCUACUACCAGCACACAUCAAAUCCAGCAGGACCAGUACUGAGAAAACAAUAGGCAGGGCCAAGGAGAGGACAUUUGGGUGUACAGUGUGUGGAAAAGUGUUCAAGCGCUCCUCCACCCUCUCUACUCAUCUGCUCAUACAUUCAGACACCCGGCCCUACCCCUGCCAGUACUGUGGCAAAAGGUUCCACCAGAAGUCGGACAUGAAGAAACACACCUUUAUACACACCGGGGAGAAGCCCCAUGUGUGUCAGAUAUGUGGGAAGGCGUUCAGCCAGAGCUCCAACCUUAUCACCCACAGCCGUAAACACAGGGACGACCGGCCCUACCGCUGCCCCUGCUGCCCCUAUGGCUUCCAGCACAAAGUGGACCUGCGGCAGCACCAGGAGCACCACUGCACCUACCGCUGACUCUGACACAGCCGAGUGAAUGUCUUCAGCCUUUCGACGAGCGGAAACACACAGAAAACUACGGACUGUGUUGCUGUUAUGAUGAAGUCAAAUCUUACAUCCAAAGCUUUAGUAGUUUAUAUUUUACAUUCAGCUGUCUUUUAGGACACUGAGGGAAGAAAAAUGUUUCCAGCAAAGUCAUGUUAGUCAUGAUUAACUUAAAGCCACUGUGUACUUGUUGAGUUAUAAAAAUUUCAGUUACUCUCAAAUACAAUGUUUUAUAUUUAUGUACAAGAAGGUUGACCAUUAUUUGUGUUUGUUGUAAAAAAGAAUCAUGUGUUUCUCAACAAAAUAAUGAAUGGCAUUACUAAAGACAGAAAUCAGUUUCAGUAUAUAAGAGAUGGGAGUUUUUCCACGAAAAUGUUUAUUUCUCCACAUGAUUUCUUUGUCUGUAGAUCUGUGAUCAUGCAAGGUUUAUCUGCAGAUGAACUUCACCCUACCAUACACAGAUUUAACACUGUAGAAGAUUUGACACAGACCGGUGACACUACAUGAUUUCAUUACAUCUCUCACUUUGAAACUGCUUCAAUAAUUGUAGUAUAGCAUC